AUGGAGACCAUUUCCUCCAGCUUGCCGACCAUGGCCUGCAGUCACCAGGGUGAUGUCGUCGUGUUCGAGGUGAACGCCAUCGGCUGGGCUCCCUCCGGUGCGCGCACGGCGCUGUCCCUGCACCACGAGCUCGACCCGGCCAGGCUCCCCGCCGCUAAAGGUGUGGCCGCCAUCGGGCACGAGCGCACGCCCAGCGGUCGGUACGUCCUGGCGGCGGGCCGCGCCGACGAGGACGACGGCCUGUGCCAGGCGAUCACGCCGGGCGCGCUCAAGCCCCGGGUCACGUACCGUGUCGCCGGCUGGGUCAGCGUAGCGGCGGCGGCGCCGGGCGCCGGGGUUGGAGGAACAACGACCCACCAUCCCGUGCACGUCAGCAUCCGCGUCGACGGCGGCGCUGUCGCCUGCUCGGCCGCCUCCGACUCCGAGUCCGAGGCAGGCACAGGCGGCAGCAGGUGGGCGGAGAUCAAGGGCGCGUUCCGGCUGAAGGAGAGCCCCCGCAGCGCGGUGGUGUACGUGCAUGGGGCGCCUGCCGGCGUCGAUGUGAAGGUCAUGGACCUAAGGAUCAUUGCCACGGACCGAAAAGCGCGCUUCAGCUACCUCAAGGAAAAGACGGACAAGGUGCGCAAGCGUGACGUGGUUGUGAAGGUGGACGGGGCCCCGGCGGGCGCGCCCGUGCGCGUGGUGCAGCUGGACAGCGCCUUCGCCAUUGGCAGCUGCAUCAACGGCACGGUGAUCCAGGACCCGGCCUUCGUGGACUUCUUCACCAACCACAUGGACUGGGCCGUCUUCGAGAACGAGCUCAAGUGGUACUGGACCGAGGCGCAGCGCGGGCAGCUCAACUACGCCGACGCCGACCGCCUGCUCGACUUCUGCGACCGCGCGGGGAAGCCCGUGCGGGGCCACUGCAUCUUCUGGGCCGUCGACGGCGACGUGCAGCAGUGGAUCAAGGACAUCGCCGACCACGACGGGCCGGACCAGCUCAUGGCUGCCGUGCAGGCACGCCUCAACGGCCUCCUGGCGCGCUACGCGGGGCGGUUCCCGCACUACGACGUCAACAACGAGAUGCUGCACGGGCGCUUCUUCCGCGACCGCCUCGGCGACGACGUGGCCGCGCUCAUGUUCCGGGAGGCGGCCCGCCUGGACCCGGGCGCCGCGCUCUUCGUCAACGACUACAACGUCGAGUGCGGCAACGACGGCAACGCCACGCCGGAGAGGUACGUGGAGCUCAUCCGCGACCUGCAGCGGCGCGGCGCGCAGGUCGGCGGCGUCGGGCUGCAGGGCCACGUCACCCACCCCGUCGGGGAGGUCAUCUGCGACGCGCUCGACACGCUCGCCGCGGCCACCGACCUGCCCAUCUGGUUUACGGAGCUCGACGUGUGCGAGCCCGACGACGCCCUGCGCGCCGACGACCUCGAGGUGGUGAUGCGCGAGGCGUACGCGCACCCGGCGGUCAAGGGCGUCGUGCUCUGGGGGUUCAUGCAGGGACACAUGUGGAGGCAGGACGCCGCGCUCGUCAACGCCGACGGCACCGUCAACGACGCCGGGCAGAGGUUCAUUGACCUCCGGAGGGAGUGGACGUCCGACGCGCGGGGACGCCUCGACGCCGAUGGACAGUUCAAGUUCAGGGGCUUCCACGGCAGCUACGUGGCGCAGGUCACCACGCCCACGGGGACGAAGAUGCUCAAGGCCUUCACCGUCGACAAAGGGGACACGCCUCUCGUGCUCGACAUGGAUAACUGA